CUGUGGUGCCUUCAAAACAAAGAGCACACGCAGGCUGAGUCUGAAGGCGGUUCGAUUGAUUUUGUAUCCUGAAUCCCGUGAAAUUCCCGCGGAAAAACCCUUUCCCCGAGAGUGAAUCGCGAAUAAUCCAAGAGAAUGGAAGCUGUGAAGUUCAACGCUGAUAAACCUGUCGACAGGGAAAAGACCUGUCCCCUCUUGCUGCGUGUAUUCCUCUCGAACGUGAGACACCACUCAACGACCGACUAUUCGAGGGGUCAGGUUCCCUCGAAUGAGCUGCAAGUUUAUACCUGGAUGGACGCGUCCCUUCGGGAACUGACCGGUCUCAUAAAGGAAGUCAACCGCGAAGCACGGAAAAAAGGCACCGUGUUCGACUUCGCUCUUGUCUAUCCGGACAGGAACAGCGCCAUGUACAGAUUCCGCGAAAUUGGCUCCACGGUAUCUGGUCAGAAGGGCCCAGAUGACACCAAGACCUUGCGGGACUUCCGAUUCACGAUCGGUGACUACUUGGACAUCGCCAUCACUCCCCCACGCUCCGGCGGGAAUCCAAGAUAUUGAGAAUCUUAGACAUGUACUAUAAUUCAUCUUCAGCAUCCAAUACAUCGCUCGAAUAACUCAAUAAAAGAAAAACGUAUACCUUGAACGA